AUGCGCCCCAAAGCAGGCCGACACGAGGCUGAACCGGAGGAGCAGCUCCCCACCGUUCAAGAGGACGAAACGCGCAACACACCAUAUGAUGCUCUCACGGAACACUUUAUCCGGCAAGUCAGUGGCCAGCUGAGACAAACACUUGCUCAGCUCGAGGGGACGAAGAAGGGCACCCUAUCCGAGCUGGACGAAAAAGUCGAGGGUAUUGUAUAUGAGGCCACGCCUGAGAGUCGCGAUGAGGUCCGAAAAGCCUUGAAGGUGAUGCAAGAUGUCACCAAACAAUAUAUCGAAGCAGUUGCUGAGGAGGCCAUCGCCGCCUCGCGAAGCGACUCCCAGGUCGUUCAAGAUAUUCUGAUUGAGAUGGACGCUGAAAUGACCAACCAACAUGCAACGGCGAUGGCAGCGCUCGAGGCGAAGCUGGAGAAGGCCCAGGAGACAGACGCAGUUUCUGGCGAGCCAACUACCAAACCUCAAGCCGGUCGCGAAGGCCGUGGCGCGUCUAACAUGUCCUCCCGUACCAGCAAUUCUGCUAGCUCUGUCGAAGGCUUCGAAGAGUUGUUUGGUGGCUCAAACCGACCCAGUAGAACGACAGGGCAACGUUUCUAUCGGCCCCCCAAACCAACCGCAAGGGGCAGUUUCAAGUCGUCACAAAGCCAGAACAAGAAUCAUACGUCCCUUUGGGACAGGGGAGGAAAACGUCAGGACAGUGUCGAUUCGGCGGAGAUUGGAAGCGAGUCCGAACCCAAGACUGAUGUGCCGCUCGAGCCUCAGGAUCUCAAGUCUACUGAUUACGAGGAUCUGGACCCGAUGAUGCGAAGCCUUCUGGAAGCCGGGGAGGAUCUUCAUCAGGAGUUUAAGAAGGACGCCAGCAAAGCUGGUACCGAAGAGUGGCAGGGCGAAACGGAAUACGCCGAUCUUCAGGAACAGCUCAAUCAAGCCCUGUUGCAAUACAAUAAGCAAAAGGGCGUGGUGAUGCAGAAAAACCAUUUGAUCGACGGACUCAUGGAGGAGAUCGCCAAGCUCAAGACCAGCAACCUAGAUCUCACCGCGAACCUGGAAUCCAUGGCCCAGGCCCCCAGCACAGGCGCCUCUAACACCCCUAUCGCAAAUCAAUUUGGUCACCUACGAUCCGUAACAUCCUUUCCUGUCAACAGCGCCGGGGGCUCUCCGCGCGCUAGCAAUGUGGCCUGGGUCAGCAUGUGGCUUCCCAAGGCCGUUCGGCUGCAGGUGGAGAGAGCUCGGGUAGCCAUUAAACGCUGCGUCGCCGAGGAGGCUUCUUGCUCUGAGAAGAUGUUGAAACUCGGUGGUGGCAAGCAGACAACCAAGGAGAAGGAUUGUCUCACAGCUCGACAGAGCUCAUCGGAGCAGCAUCGUCGAGACUUCACUCUAAUCAUGUCCUUUUUGGACGAGCUAUCGAGACACUCGAAGAAGAGUCAAAGCUCUCUUGCAGAUGAACUCUCGGGAAUGGAGUCGGCUGAGUCGAUCACGACUCUGAGAAAGAUUCCAACUCCUGAAUCCUCUAACUCAGAGGGCCAGACUCCGACAGGUACUGAAGGUAGCAAGAUAUCAGCCUCUGAGUCUGGACCUUCUGGAUCACAGGUCAGGGAUGCUUCGACAUCGCCCAAGGAGCCUGCCGGCGAGACCCAGACAUCGCCCGAGAACCAAGGCACUACACCAAAGGUACCAUCACCUCUUGCAGAAUCCCACACUCCCCCAGCAAGCAAUACCACCCCCCCGGAAGGCAACGCUCCUCCAGCAAGCAACACUGCUCCCCCAGAAGGCAACAACCAGCAGACGAGGGAGCUAGACGACCCUGCGAGUGCAACGCUCAGGGCGGUCGAGGUCAUCGACUCAGGGGUGCUUGGGAUGUGGUCCUUCUUUGCCCAUGUUGGCCUGGUUGCCAUGACACAUGUAGGAGCCUGGGUUCGCGUCUGCAAGUUCAUCUGCCAGAUAUUCACUUAUGUCAUGAACCAAAUCAGCAGGGCGGUGCGUCUGGUCUGGCCGUUUGGCCGUGGUGCAAACGAGGAGUCGCCGGUGCCUAGGUUUCCUAAGCUGCCAUCGCCCGCAUGCUUCAUCGUCGUCAUGUACUACUGCGCGGCCUUUCUGACGUUCCAGGUGUACAUGGCAUCCCAACGGGAGAGGAACAUCUGGUUCGAGGCCAACGGGCUGACAAGGAAGUACAUGCUGGAGCGUAGCCGGAGUGAGAGUAGGUGGCUCAUCUACGGGGUAGAUGGGAACCUGGUGGUGGGAAGGAAAGAUAUUGAGAGUUUUUUCAAGCUGAUUUACAUGCUUGCGAUGACGACUCUGCAGCACUUGUAUCGUUUAGCAUACGGCACGCCUAGGAUGUUGGAAUGGGGCCAGUAG